GGGGAAGUUGAAACUUCAGUGCAUGGUACCAUCCAGACUGAAGUUUGUGUGUGGGGGGAUACAUUUAUUUUCUCCAUACAUUGUUAUACAAUAGCCUACACAGAUGCGUGGUCUUUGUUAUUUUUACCUCUCAAUCCUGACCCAAGUGUCUUCCAGCACCCUCAAAGUCAUUGGCUACUUUGGGCACAAUGUCACUUUGGCCUGUAGUUAUGACAGCCAAACUCACGGCGUCCUGAGCUUCUGUUGGGGUCGAGGGAUGGUGCCCACGUCUAAAUGCUCCAAAACCAUCGUCUCAUCACAGGAUGGGGUUGUGCUUUCCAGGCAGAUGCCCAGGUACCAGCUGUUGGGCAGGGUGACAGACGGAGAUGUGUCACUGACCAUCCUGGAUGCCCAGAGGAGUGAUGCCGGCGUGUACGGCUGCAGGAUUGAGAUCGCAGGGUGGUUCAACGACAAGAAGGUCAACACAGAACUGGUCUUGGAGGAAGCUCCUGUGGAACGACCCGUUACCCAGGACUGGACACUUACUGCAGCGGAGAGACAAGAAAUAAUGACAACAUCCUUGACUAAAAAUGUAGAAGUUGGUUUCACAACAACUGUGGAAAAAUUCAAAGCCUUCCUUGAAGUGGGGAACAUUGGCAGGGUGGCAGCUAUUUCCCUUUCCGGCAUAAUCAUAAUCCUCAUUUUUGUUUUCAGGAGACGAUUUCUGCCGAAGAGGAUGGUUCAACAUCUCCACACCUCAACUGCUGAAAACAUUUAUGAAAUACAAUGAAAGGUCCCAACAUUAUGAGGAUAACUGAGUCUAUAAGAGACUGCUUGCUGAAUGUGUCUGCUUGUCACGUGCUGACUUGAUCCACCUCUUCAGCUUUAAAGGGAAGCCUUUUGAGCCCAUUUUAAGCACCUUACUGAGCCCCACCACUCUCAGAUUGCUCUGAAAAAAGGCAAAUGUGGGUCAUAUGUGGCUAAGAAAAUGCAAAAAAUACUGUGCAGAUUAAAUUAUUUGCCGUUUGUCUUGUUUCAUAGCGAAAUGGAUCUCACAGACCUUGAGUGCUGUCAGAUGGUUUAUAAUUGUGGUCACAAUGCCACCUAUUGGACUUAAUGCAUCAUUAUCAAAAUAUUAGAGAAGAUUCCACCAUGAAUACACUGUACACGCAGUUUGAAGCUAUUAAAUGUCUGUUCCUACUCGAUUUCGACUUUAUUCAAAAGUCGAAAUAACAGAAUAUUGAAAAACUGACCAGCAAAGAGUAAAAUUAAAAAUAACCUAAAAAACAAAAUUUUUGUUCUGAUAUAUGAAAAUGAUAAAUCCUCUCUUAACUCUCAGGUCCACAUAAAUUACAUUUGGACCACAUUUAUGUCUAUUUAUUUUAUGCUGAAAUUUAUCAAUGACUCAAUGUCACAGUAAAACACUGGAUGAAAAUUGUCCCAGUGAGGUGAAAGAUAUUUGGUCUGUCUGUUGGACCUCCUUGUUAUGAGAAUUUAUAGAAUAUGAGGAGUCACUCAAACACAAAUCUUCUUCCAGUUUUUGGCGUGCAGUUUUUCUAGGAAUUUGUUUGGCUAUGUAAGCAAAAUGAAAAGUGCGACUGGGCACACAGCAGCUUUAUAUUCAAUGGCUGAUGUGAGAAUAUCAAUGUUUCAACUUUGCAUGUUUAAAAAAAAUCUUGCUGCUAUAUGCACCUAUCUACUUUACAAGCAUACAUAUAUUGUGACUUUACAAGAUCUUACAUAAAAAAAGAGGUUCAUUAUUGAUACCCUGUAUGAGCAAAAUUAAACAAAGGUUAUCACCUCUACCUCAAUAUAGAUCUCCUUGGAUCUGGUCUGUAACUACACUUAACAGGUGUAAUUAUUCAUACAUUUUAAUAUUUUUUUUCUGCCUUAAUCUGAAGUUAAUGAAAUGGAAAAAUCUAAAUACUCACUUGUAUUUUUAUAUUGUAGAAGUUAGUUGUGGGAGUGAUCAAAGUAGAAGUUCUGUGCUGGGUUACUAAACAUCUAAUGGACCUAAAUUUUUACUCAGCAGUCUAAGAAACAUACAGAAGUCCAGAGUUUCAACUUCCAUCAGUCUCUGGAUACAAUGGAUGCAUUUUUGGUAACGCACUUAGUAUUUAUACAGAUAAUAUUACUUUUUUGAAAAAACAGGUGAUGUACUCUCAGUUGAAUAUUUUUGAAACCUCUGUGUUGUGUUCCUAAAACUUAUUUUUGUAUAAUAA